AUGCUGCCAUACAAGUUGCCAGAGCACGAGACCUUCCAUACAGCAUCGUUCAGUAGCUCGGAGAGGUGGCAGCCCUCCUCUUGGUGUCGAAACUCGCCUCCCCCGUCUCUACCAGCCUCUCUGCAGGAGCACCAUCACUUUCACCAUAACCAUAACAGCCACCGUGGGUUCUUUUGCAAAGAGGAUGUCCAGCAAACCCAUCUGUCCACUGCUGAUCCUACCCACCUUGAGAGUCUCAGUUUCCCUUGCAGCGGUGGGACUGCAGACGGCGCAUCGUCCAAAUGGGAGGCCGAAAAUGCCUGCCAUGAGGGUUCCACUCCUAGCCUAAAUUCCACUCCUGUACCUACUUCCGUCUCCGCUAGUGGUGGUGGCAGUGGCGAUGCCUUCUGGUCUUCCACGCUCUCCAGAGUUGCCGCUGUGGCCGCUGCUGCGAUGGCAUGCGCUGCAGUGCCUCAAAAGAACCCCAGAGAUGGACAUGCGGAGUUUGAAAACGCCCAUCUCGGUGAAGGGGAUGCAGAUAAAUCCAAUGUAAAGGAGCCAUGGUGUAGGAGUCAGCGAAAAAUACAUGCUCGAAGGUGA